AUGAAUCCAAAAUUCCCUGACUUAAUAUAAUAAAAUUAUUCACAACUAUAACAAAAGAAAGAAGGAACAUUAUCAACAAUUGCGAAUUCUAUCUAUGCAUUGUCAAUUGUGAUAAGCGACAAAGAAUAACAUCAAAUUGCUUAAGUUAAGGAUAGUUUAUCACUAUUAUCGGAUAAUAUGUUUAAUAUGUUGGAAACAACUUCUUUGAGAUAAUUUACAACAUAGCCAUAAUUAGCUUUAAAAAACCUACAAUUUAGCCAGGCUGUUAGAACACCAUAAUAUUCAAAGAAUUCUAAUCCUAACCCAUUUUUUUAAUCGGAAAAUUCGUAGAGGCUCUUUGAACAAAUUUAAGAAGCACAGCAAUUACAAAUGAAACAAACAUUAGGUAAUAUAUUGAUCUUUGAUAUAUAAAAUGAGAUAAGAAAAUACAAUGAUUGUUUCUUAGGCGCAUGUUAAAUGAGUUUGAAAUCAAAUAAAAAGAUUGUAUUUAUUAACUUAACAGGAGUUGAUCAUUGUGAUGAGACACUCUAAUAGGAAUUUUAAGAGAAAUUGAAUUACUUUUAUGUAAAUUUCAAGGUGUUUCAACACUUAUAAUAAUAAAAGUAAUUACCUUCUGAAAGGAAAUUUCAAAAUAUAUAUUUUAAUUAUGGGAUAUUUUCAUGGGAUCAAUUCAAGUUAAUAUAUAGACUUCAUAUAAAAAAAUUGAUCAAGGGAAUUAACUCAAAUAUAUAUAUAUUGUCAAUAGCAAAAUCUCUUAGUGCAAAUGUAAGUUUCUCUAUUCUAAUGUAGUCCUCAAAACAAUUUAUAUAGUUUGAUGAUGAUUGUUUACGGCGAGUCAUUUAGAAAUUUUGUAAAUUAGCGCAAGAAAAGCUGUUUAUCCAUUUAGUACUUUUAGAUCCAGAGUCUGGAUUUCCUAUAGAGUUGAAAUAAUUAACUUAUGGUUAAAAUUAAGAUUUGGUCAGGUUUAUAAAUUGUAUCUUUUAAGGAACUAUAGGUAAUAAAAUAAAAUCCAAAUUGGAUUUUGAUUUGGAUACAUAUAGAUAUUAGAAUCCAAUAAAAUACAUAAAUUGGUUGCAGGAAUUUGUUAAUAUAUAAAUUCAAGUGAAGUUGGAUCCAAUAUUCUUAAACAUGUAUUAGAGAGAAUUAAGGAGCUUGUUCAUGAACAACACCUAAAUAUAAUCUGAAGAAUUCUUAUAAGAAUCAACAUUAAUGAUUUUGAACAAAAAUGAAAUUUACAGAAAGACUCACUUAUAUUAUAAGUAAAAAAAGUUGUAAUUCCUAUUUUAUUCAAUCUUGCUAGUUGAUUACGAUGCUGAAAUGGUCGUUAUUUUGAAAUAAGAUGAUAUUGAAAAAAAUCUCUAUUAUUUAUAUUACACCCAUAUUUAAGAAGCUUAAUACGAAUUUUAAUGCCAAAGAAUACUGUUAAAUAAGCAUGUUGAUAAUUCGUUAUUGAUUGAUUCCCACAACAGAGCUAGCUUAUCUGUCAAAAAGAUGAUCACGUAAAACAAUCAAUACCAGAAAGAUUAUAAAAUUGUUUAUAUCCAUUCUUUAAACAGCAAUAUUAUUUUGGAGAUACAGCUUCUCGAUAAUCCCAUUGUAAGAAUAAUAGAGAGGAACAAAGACUAUAAUUAUGUAGAAGAUUAAAAUUUGGCAAAACAAAAAUUUAUCCUAAGGGAUUAAUAUCGAAUAUCAAAUUUAUUAAAAAAUCGAAGGGGUCCAUGUGUUGUUUAAAAUUCACCCAUCUCAGACACUGAUUUUAUGGUGAUUGGAGGAGAACUUUCAAACGAUCGAUCAAUAUGCAACGUUAUGGAGAUAGUCAAAGUGGAGUAGUUGGCUACAUUGGGAUUUCAUUCAUACAUAAUAUCAAAGGAAGUGCUUUUCGCUAAAGGAUCAUUUUUCCCUUGGCCUUAUAUGUUUGUACUGUCAUCUAAUCAAGAACCAUAAUAAUACAUUUUCCUACCAGGAGAUUAUAACAAUUAAAGUAACUGCUAUAGCAGGCCUAUUGUAAAUAUUUAUUAGUAUUAUGCUUAUCAACUGACUACUUAAAAAGAUAGUUUCUAUUUUUAAUGGCAAAAACUAAAUAUUGUGUAUGAUAAUUCAAAUUUGGGAAACUCCUAACCUUUUCCUAUACAAUAUUUAUCAGGAAGUCAAAGUAAUAUAUUGUGUAGGGAGGAUUCAAAGAUGACUAAAUGGGUUAUUGCGAAGACUAUAAAUAAAUAGAUUUUAUUAGGAUCCAAAGGCAAAACCGAAUUCUUCAAAUGUAUGGAGAAUUUAGAUUCUAUUGUUUCACUUAAAGAUAUUGAAUAAAUUAUAAUAACUGCUGAAAUCUAUGUGCAAGAGAAUAAUCUAAUAGUGAAAGAGAAAUAUUAUGAAACCAAUAAAUAAUUGAUUUUACAAAAGAAUAUUGUCGAUCUAAAUAGAGAAGAUCUCAUAUUGUUUUGA